AUGCAUCGAGCCCUCUCCCAGUCCGAGCUUCUCGAGCUAAUCCUACUAUCUCUCGACCUACAAACCCUCCUCACUUCCGCCCAGCGGGUCUGCUCCCAAUGGCGCCACAUAAUCCGCGAAUCCCCCUUCCUGCAGGGGACCCUAUUCUUCAAGCCCCGUCGAACGUCCCUGUCACACCCGUCCCCAGGAGACCAAGAACACCAUCAAUCCGCUCCUAACCACCGCCUUCCCAGGAACCUUCCACAGCUUCAGCAUCCGCGACCUCGACCUAAUCUCCCAUCCGUGCAAAUGCACAGCCUAUCUGCGCCCCGAGGCCAGCUGGCGCUCCAUGCUCCUCCAGCAGCCGCCACCAGUCUCCGGCACCCUGCAACACUGACCCCGAAAACGUCCUAUCCGUUACAUAAGGAGGGACUGCGCAUGGAAACACUAUUCGAGCUGCUCUUCUUCGACCACGACCUGACCGAAGUCAACUACCCGCACAGACUAGUCUGGUGGGGCCAGUGCUCGGAGACAGCCUUCUGUGACGGGCUCAAAUCGUUCGGGAGGAUUGAACUGCCCGAUGUGCUGGUGUGUGCGUGCCGGAGCCACACGUGUACGGACAUGGAUUCCGACUUUGAGAAUGAGGAUCAAGAUGUCGUAGAUGCGGUCCAUGCUGAGUACCGGGAGCUGGGGCUGAAGCCGAAGGUUCUAGGGCCGGAGCGGAAGAGGACGAAGUUGGAGUACAGUGGCGCGUGGGAUUGA